AUUCUGCAUUCUGCAUUUAUUAUUCUUCGAGUUCCAUCGCAGCCGCACAAAAUAUGGCCGCACGUUAAUAACAAUUUAAAUAAACUGGAAUAAAUUAAGAAAACCAAUAAAAAGAGCAAAAAACAAAUAGUGUGUACAAAAUAUGAUCAGAGUUCAACAAUUAAAUUUAAGUAUAGAUAGUUUUUAAUUAAAUCUAAGCAAACGAGCGUAGACGGCGACGAAAAAAAGAGUGGUGAAAAUUUCAUCGUAGAAACAAAAGAACCGCAAAUGCAAGGAAAAAAAGGGCAAAAUUCAGUUCACGCAAAGAAAGUGCAAAAUUCGAGAUCAAUAAAAGUGCAAAAUCAAUGGGAAAAAGUGCAGCGGAGUAAGUGAAAAUCGAGAAUCAGUGCAUAAAAGAAAAGGAGAAGUAGAAUUAUUGUGGCUACUUGAUUACAACGUCACGGAGAAAUUUGUCCGCCGACUUCAGAAGCAGCAAAUAUAAACGAGCCAGCAGGAUUGCGAAACGUCGAAGUCUUCUCUGCCCUGUUAGCACUACAGUAACGGCGGCAACCAUUCAUUGUAUCAGCUGUUAGUCGUUCGCGCAGGCGCAUUACGAAUUUAGGAGCGUUAUUCUAUUCUUAGCUGCACAUCGAUUGCUCGUAUCAAUAUGCAACAUCAUGCACAUGUCGCACGUACCGCACCGCCGCAUAUGCGUGCUCACCACAUGGCUGUGCCACCGCCGCACUCCCAACCUCAGCCGCAUAUGCCACCCUUGAAUGUGACGCAUGCGCCACUGUCAACAGCCGGACAGCCACCACAGGCCACUCAACAGCAACAACAGCCGCAGCCGCAGCAGAAACAGCAACCACGUCUUAGCAAUGGCCCAGCGAACGCCGGCAGUGCUGCAGUUAUUGCAGGCUCGGCAAUUGGUGCAACGUCACAUAUUCGCGAUCAUCAUGCGCGUUUGAGUCAACAACCACUUCAACAACAGCAAAUCCAACACCCCCCGUCGAUGCACGCUAGCACGCAGCUGCAAAAGCUACGUCAGCAGCAUCAACAUAUAAACAGCAACAACAAUAACAAUAGUACAAACAAAAAUCACUAUCAUCACCAUCAAACUCAACAAUACAACAGCGGAAGCAACACGCACGGCAAUGCACUGCCAGCGCAAUCAGCAAUACAACAGCAACAGCAACAACAAAAUCAAACAACGCAACCGCAACAUCGUACGUCACGUAAUACAUCAUCGGCAUACCAACAUCAGCAUCAACAACAUCCACUGCACCAUCAACAGCAACAGCAGCAACCUCCGCCGCCGCCGCCGCUGCAACAACAGCCACACCCACUUGCAGUGCCUCAAAUGCCACCACAGCAAGCGCUUGGACAUUUGAAGCAUCAGCAACCACUGCAACAGACGUCAACACAACAACAACAACAGCAGCAGCAACAACUACAAACAACUUUGAAUAUUGCCAAUAAUGUUAUCAGCGGCCAUCCACCGCCGCCGCCACCGGCUCAACAUUCACAACAACCGCCUACAGCAUUAAACUACUACACUGCCGGGACUGCUCAAAGCAACAACAAUAAUAUACAUAAGUCGAAGUAUAGCAAUAACGCUGGCGGUGGCAGUACUGGCACUGGUGGUGGUGGAAUGCCACCAAAAGCUAUUUUACAAAAUCCUAAUCGCGUGCUAAAAGCGCGUCUGCACAGCAGCGCUGCAGCGAAUAACAUUGAGGUGCCUACUGUAGGUCCUUUAGUGAGCAUAGAAGAGACUAAGAACGUAUCGAAGAGUAGUAGUAAUAACAAUAUUGGCAGCACCAAUGCAAUUGCCGUUACAGAGACGCCAGCAAAAGCUCAUGUUGCUAGCAACGUAGCCGCCGCUGUAAACGAUGGUGUAGUUGUUGCUGCAGCCGCUGCAGCUCAGGAGAGUUCGAAAAUUGUGCAAAGCACAAGCCAAACAGAUGCUUCCUUCAACGAUGCUAAUAAGGAAAAUGCGGUAAGCAGGACACAAAGUACAAAUAUUACUGUCAAUGAAGUGGUUAGCAACAAUCCAGCAAAUAACAACAAUAGUAAUAUAUUGUCUAACGAGGAGAGCGCGGGGUCAAAAAAUUCUAAAGAGAAGACACCAAUGUGUCUUGUGAACGAAUUGGCGCGAUUCAACAAGAUUACACAUCAAUAUCGCCUAACCAGUGAGAAAGGUCCGGCGCACUGCAAACGGUUCACUGUCACUUUGAAAUUGGGCGAGGAGGAGUAUUCCGCUGAGGGCUUCAAAAUAAAGAAAGCCCAACAUUUAGCAGCUGCAGAGGCUAUUGAAAAGACCAAAUACAAGCACCCAGUGCCGAAAGUGGUUCGUCGCAAUGCCGAAGGUGAGGGUCAUUCAUCGCGUUCCAAUAUCACGCCCACAGUUGAGUUAAAUGCACUGGCUAUGAAGUUGGGCGAACAGACUUAUUACCUCUUAAAUCCACGUCAAGUCACCUCACCCGAUAGAAUCGGACCGCCACCCGACGCUAUGAUGCCGCCGCGAUAUGGCAUACCACUGCCACCACCACAUGCGUUCCCGCCCGGCGUAGCUGGCGGCAAUAUGCUGUCGCAACAUCCACCGCCACCACAUGCACGUAUGAUGGAUCCGGCUGCAUUUGUGCGUCGAAAUGGCCCCUAUGCCGCACCGCCCCCGCCACCGAUGCACGGCCAUACUGCGGGCGGACCGGGCAUGCGGCCACGCUACCUUACGCCAGCUCAGCGCGCCUUCAUGCCCAAAUAUAAUCAACAGCAACGGUAUCCCUUGAUGGCGCCACCGCAUAUGGGUGGUGCUCCACAUAAUGGCAUGGUUCCACCACCGCCAAUGCCACAUCCCCAUCAUGGGCCGCUUCCCCACCGUUACGGCAUAUCUGCUGCAUUGACCAAAGUGACACUAGUCGUAGGCAAGCAGAAAUUUGUUGGCUUAGGCCGUACAUUACAACAAGCCAAGCACGAUGCCGCGGCGCGUGCUUUGCAGGUGCUGAAAACACAGGCUAGAACGCAGAUAAGUGAAGAACUCAACAACAGCAUCGAGGAAAGCGACAGUAAAUCGCCUAUUUCGUUGGUGCACGAGAUCGGAAUACAACGAAGCUUGACGGUGCAUUUUAAGGUGCUGCGCGAGGAAGGGCCAGCACAUAUGAAAAAGUUUGUAACAGCUUGCGUCGUGGGCUCCAUUGUAACGGAGGGCGAAGGAAAUGGAAAGAAAACGUCGAAAAAACGUGCCGCCGAAAAAAUGCUCGAAGAGCUGAAAAAACUGCCACCAAUGUCGCCCACCAAGUCGCCUGUUAGACGUAUCAAAGUAAAAACACCCAACAAAGGAUCUGCAAGUGCUGACGCUGUUGGAGGUGUUAGUGGAAAAGCUGGUAGCGCCGUUGGGGAACGACGCAAGCGUGGCAGUGGUUCGAUUAAAGAGAAAAAUGAAGUAGAUGCCGAUGCGGAAAAUCCCAUUACGCGACUCAUACAAUUGCAACAAACUCGCAAGGAAAAAGAGCCCAUAUUUGAUUUGAUAGCGAAAAAUGGAAAUGAGAACUCACGUCGGCGCGAAUUCAUUAUGGAGGUGACAGCACAUGGCAUGGCGGCACGUGGCACCGGCAACAGCAAGAAGCUAGCGAAGCGUAAUGCAGCACAAAAUUUGCUGACAGCUAUGGGCGAAAGUGGCAGCAUUAGCGCUGAGAACAACACAGUAUUAACAUCCUCUAAUACCGAGCCUGCUGUUAAAGAGCAAUUUGCGUCUGCAACAACAGUAGUCGCCAGUGUAACAGCAAGUCAAGAGCAGACAACAACAACAACAGCAUUGCAGCCAAUUGCUGAAGUAGCAAACGCUGCUGCUACAACAGUUGCACCUGUGCAGGCCCAUUUGGAUUUGCCGCUCGUGUCCACAACAGCCGGGCAAGUACCCGGCAUUUUGAUUUUGCGUCAUAAUAAAAAACAUUUUACCAAAAAAAAGGAAUAUGUGCCCAGUGCAAACUGCCUCCCGGCCGAGGAUAGGGAAAUUGAGCGCGCUGAGUUAGUUGCGGGCACAGCAGUGCAAACUGUGCAACCCACUGCGGUUAAAAGCAAUGCAAGCGAUAUGGUGAAAGGCAUUGAUGUAGGAACCGCAGCGAGCGCUACACCAACCAUGGCUGCGACUUCUGCGGCACACACUGAGAGCAGCAAUAUUACAAAUACUGCCAGUAGUACAAGCAACAGCGACACAACAUCAUCUAGCAAUAGCGCAUCAAAACAAACAGGUGUGCACAUGAAAGACCAGCUGCUUUAUCUGGCAAAUUUGUUGGGAUUCGAGGUGAACUUUUCCGAUUAUCCAAAAGGAAAUCAUAGUGAAUUCUUAACUAUCGUAACGCUCUCUUCAAAUCCACCACAAAUUUGUCAUGGCGUGGGUUCCAGCGCAGAAGAAUCUCAAAAUGAUGCCGCCAAAAAUGCAUUGAAAAUUCUUAGUGAAUUAGGUUUGAAUAAUGCUACAAAUUAAAUUUGGCAUACAAAAACUAGAAAUUUGAAUAAAACUGUAUAUAAUUUAAGAACUAUAUAAAUUCAAAUUGAAUUCGGCGCGAAAAAAGCCGUAUAUACCUAAAAUAUGGGGAGUUAUUACACAAACAGCAGGAAGUGAAUUGAAAGUUAGUUGCUGUAAAAUUAUAUUUCAAAACAAAUUAUUAUUUCAUGAAAAUCCCAAAUAUAUAUAGAAAAAAAUGAAAAUUAAUUGCGAACGAAUGUGCAACAAAAAAGUUAUAUCAAAUUUUACAAACAAUUUGAAAACAUGAACAAUGCUGCUAUAUUUAUACAAUUUUUUUAUAUACUAGUUGCGUUGAAAAAAAUAUUUACUUACUAUAUAAUUAUUUUGUUAUAUAUCUGCUUAGUUAAAUGUGUUAGGCUCAUUAACUGAACCAAAUUUGUUUCCAUAAAGUUGAGCAAAAAGCUAAAACUUAUGUCGGUUAGCAAUAAGUGAGUUUUGUUAAAAAAUAUUAGAUAUAAAAAAAGAAUGAUUUGAUAUUUUGUAAAUUUAUUGUAACCCUAAAAACCAGUCUCAAAGAAUUACUUAUUUUUUGUGAUCAAAAAACAGUUUUAGUGAAAAAUUAAGCAGUUUAUUUACGUUCGAUCAAAAAAAUGUUUAAUACGAAAGCAUUAUAAUUUAAUAGAAAAGCAAAAUUUUUUUCUGAACUGAACCGAAUACAAGGACAUAACAACAAGCGGCAUACAUUUUCCGAAAAUCUGUGAAUUUUGAUUAGUGAGUAGUAGAGAGUCGCUGUUCUGUAUUGUCCCUUCAGAAGAGAUAUUCCUUUAUUAGAGAUAAAAGUACACACUGUAGAAAAGUUAAUUCUUACCCAUCAUAGUUUGUUGUUGUUGUAGCAGCAUAAACAUUCCCCAUACUUACAUACGGUGAAUGCUGCUGGAGUGACAGUCCUUGGCGUUUCGGUAACGUAGAACCGACUGUCGUGGAAACGUACCCAUCAUAGUUUCACUUAAUAUGCUCCAUCACCGAUAAAUAUAUAUCAAGGUUCGAUACCGCAAAAAUAUCAAUUUCUACAUUCGCUACUAUCUCUUCAGAGGAGACAUGCCCUUAAGCGAUACAUAUAUCGAUAUGGAUUUGAUAAAGUAGAAAACUCACGUCUUAUGCUUCCUAGUGCCACUUCAGAAGAGAUGACAUUUCUAGAGAGAUUAAAAUUUAUUUUUGGUUAUCUGCUAUCUAUCUCUUUAGAUUUUAUCCCCCUAGUAAGAAAAAAUAAUUUAUUAUCGACAGAAGCCUCCCUCCCUUAAGUACUUUUCAACUCUUCCCUUAAUGGAAUUCCUUUGAUACCGCAGAAAACUCGAUUCUCACGCCACUAAUAGUGCCACUUUAACAGAGUUCAUGUUUCUGGAGAGAUUAGAAUUCAAUUUUAGGUUAUCUACCAUCUCUUCGCACGAUAGAUAUACUCUCUCAUCGCAUAUCGAUAUCACAAGGGUUCGAUACCGUAGAAAAUGCGGUCUCUUUUUUUCUCUUUUUUUUCAUAGGGACACUCCCUUAUGAAAAGACUAACAUUAGUAUGCGAUUUUUUCUAUAACGUAGAGGAAUGAGUUUAUAAAAAUUAUUACUUUUGAAUUCAUUUACCGUUUGCCCAAUUUUCGAAUAUUCAAAAUUACCCCUGCUGAACUGUUUGAAACACGAAAGCAUGUAUUAUUUGUGUUCACUGGGUUAACAGAUUUAAAAAAAAUAUGUAUGUACAUAUUUUUGUUUCCUAUAUGAAAAUUAUAAAAAAUGUAUUGCAACAAAGCAUUGAAUGAACGCUAAAAAACUAAGACCGUAUCUUGACUUAAAUGUAUCUCCAGCACAGUCAGUGUUUUGAAAAGCGCACUCUGUAUUUUGAUCGCCUCUGUUGCGGUGAAAGUAUGGAAGAAACGUGUCUGGAGUAACAGUGAAAAUUCUGUUCGAUUUAUUACCGUUCAACCUAUUUCAAUCGCUCAUUUAUUGUCAUGUUGCAAUAGUAAAAGCUAUUUUCAAAUUACAUAGAUUGAAUUAAAUAAAAUAUUACACAAAUGAUGUGCGCCUGCAAAUAUGCAGCUUAAAUUUAAUUGCUGAACCACUAGUGAAGUGUAAAAAAAUAUAUAUUGUGACUUGAAAUCAAAUCGUGGUUUCGCAGGCAAUUUUGUAAUUUGAAAACAUUUCUACUUUAUUUCAAAACUUCCUUGGGCUAAGAAAAUAAAUUAUACAUACAAAAAUAUUAAGUAAUUUAGUGUAAGCAACGUCAUUGGAUUAAAAAAAAAUCGAAAAUAUGCAGUACACACACAUACAUACAUUAAGGAUCAUCAUAAAAGAAAUUGUAACAUGUGGUCGUAUUUUGAUUGUAUAUUAAAAAUAAAUAUAAAAAUUUGAAAUUAAUUGGGGUGUUGUUGUAUCCAAAUGCGCAACCGUUGAGCAGAUUGCACGUACAUGUGUAUAUACAUAUAUAUAUGUGCAUACUUGUGCGAUGUAUUAUACUAGUAUGGACGUGGCAAUUGGUGGUAAUUUGAAAUUUUUAAUUUAUUUUUAGAUAAAUGCGAAAUUCAUUAAAUACAACUUGCAACAAAAGAAAACAAUAAUAAUAAUAAAAAUAAAAAAUAAAAAAAUUAAAAUCAAUACAACAGCAAUUUGGCUAUGAAUGGCAUAACUGCACAUUUGCUGAUUGUGUUGAUUCUAAAAGCAUAUUAUUACUAGAAACAAAAACAAAAAAAUAUAUAUAAAACUUAUGUUUAUUUGUUAGUGUUGCACAAAUGCAAACACACACAUACAUACUUUUUUCUCGAUGAUGGAACUCGUCGUAAUAAUGAAAAAGUAUAAUCUUACUUGAUUAAAUACUUUUUAAGAAAUAAAUAAAGAGCUGCAUGAAUGUCGUAAAUUUAAUUUAUAAACUGCUUAUAGACGUAACAACACAUUCACAUCCAUAGAUACAUACAUACUUGCAUGCCUGCAUAACUGUUAAUUUAAUUAUUUGCAAAAAACAAAAAAACAAUAGCGAUUGAUAACCAACAACCACGAGUGAAACGAAAAUAAUACGCUAUAGGUUAUUUAUAAAUUAAAUGACACUGGCUGAUCAUUUAAAACUCGCUAAGUACUCGUACAACAGCGCUACUAUCUGCUUCAAUGUUGCCAAUUUCAAUGAGGCGAACUUGCGAUUUUUCGCUGCUUGAAACUGACGACUUGGAGGGGUGUGUACUUAGUUGUAUUUCUACUGCAUAAUACAUAUUAUUUAUUUCUUCAUCUGCACACACAGACAAUUCAUAAUAAGUUGCGUUAACCUCUUCUUUUUCUUUUUAUUUUCUUAUUUGUAUUUUCGAUAAAUGGUGAAUUGGUGAUUUUACAUGGCAAAUAUUGAAAAACCCAUGUCGCGAAAUUGUUAACUUAAUUAGUAUAUCUCACAACAGCAGUAGAUAAACUAUGGUAGUUUGCAAUGCGCAUUAUGUAAUGCUUUAGAAAAUUUAAUAUGUUGAAAAUUUUUAAAUUGUUGCUUAUCCGCCGAAAUUAUUAUGGGUUGUCCGAUGUUUCUCUUUACUUAGUAUUAAGUAUUUGUUGUCGAAAGUUUACUUUCUUUCAAUAUAUACGUACAUAAAUAUAUACAUUUAAUUGAAAUAAAUGUUUAAUUUUUUCCUUAAA